AUGUGGUCAACAUUUCGGGUGGAUUUUGGUGUGUUAUGUAGCAAGAACUGCGUCAAGGAAUGUAAGUGUAUUAGGCUAACAUAAUUUCAACAUCAUCUAUAGUUAUUCUAGUUUGAAGAUUUAUACAUCUAUAGUUAUUCUAGUUUGAAUAGUGAUCCUAUAUAAUCGAAGGAGUGUCCCUAUAUGUCGUGUGGCGUGUGUCGUGGGUUAAAAGUCGUGUGUCGUGAGUAAAGUCGUGGGUAAAGUCUUUGGUAAAGUCGUGGGUCAUAAAAUGUGCCGAAAACGCAUUUUUUUCACGAAAAUAUUAUUUUUAUUUUUAAUAUUUUUUUCGUACUUUUUUCCAUUUAUGCGCUAGAUAAAUACAGGAAAAUUUAACGCAACAAAUCUCCAUGCAGUAAUAAAGUAAAAUACAUGCUGUUUUCUUAUCUUGCUGUUAUCUAUAUAGUAUAACAAGUACUGAAAUGUUUCCGUUUCGUAUAGUCUAAUAAGUCUAUAGAUGUAUUGUUUGAUGAUAAAAUGUCUUAAGUUAUAGGAUAUAGGUUUAUUAGCUUUGGAAGUGUGAUAGUCCCUAUCAUGAACGUCGCGAAUGUAACUAUGUCGAUUGCAUAUGUCUGAUACAAACAUAUUGAUUGAGCUAUAAAUUCUACGCUGUCGGUGGCCAACGCUCGAGCCUCAAAUUUUUCUAUUUUUAUCUCCUAGUAUAUGUUCGUGGCCCUUAAAGAUAGACAAACAUUUCAUGUUUAUGUGGCGUUCGGAAAUAUUCCAUAAAUUGCUACGAUUUGGGAUUUUGCGAUUGAAAACCGAAAUGAUUUGUGCGAUGUCGGGCUAUUUGCCAACCGAGCGCGCUAGCCGCUGUUAUUUUGACAGAAUAUGAUACCUCUACACUUUUCAGCCGUAAUACAUAAUGCGCGCAUUGUAAUCAUAUACAUAUCGUUUAAUUUAGCUUCAAAAACUUGAUAAAAAAUCAAAAUUGCUGUAUUUUGUUAAAUGUGCGCAGCAUGUUGUUUCGACACUGUCGCUCACACACGGAAACACUGCAAGGCUGCAAAUAUGUCACACAAUCAUCCUCAUAGACGCUGACUACGCUCGUUUGUUUUAAACCAACCAAAAUAGCUUCCUAGUCUAACGCUGCUACGCAAAUAUUUUCUGUUCGUUAAAUUUGUAGUUUAGCUAUAUUUUCAGGUCUUUCAGUCUCAGUGUCGUGUUGAAAGCUUCGAACACAUGUACUUAAGUCUAUUUCUAAAUAACGGACCACCAGCCGCAUGGAUUUCGUAUAUCGCAAGAAAGCAACUAAACGUUUAUAUCAAAAGCUUUAUUUUAAAUAAUACAGUACUAUUUAUCGCUUAAACGUCCCCUGCACCGCAAUAGUACCUACAGAUGACUAAUUGUUUAUAUAAUGCUGGUUGCGCCGUACGCGCAAGUUUGAUUUUUGUUCUGGCGCCUGGCGGAUUGAAUUGCAAAUGAUCCAAAUGAUCCACAAAAAGCAAAUGAUCCAAAUGAUCCACAAAAAGCAAAUGAUCCAAAUGAUCUACAAAAAGCAAAUGAUCCAAAUGAUCUACAAAAAGCAAAUGAUCCAAAUGAUCCACAAAAAGCAAAUGAUCUAAAUGAUCCACAAAAAGCAAAUGAUCCAAAUAAUCCACAAAAAGCAAAUGAUCCAAAUGAUCCACAAAAAGCAAAUGAUCCAAAUGGUCUACAAAAAGCAAAUGAUCCAAAUGGUCUACAAAAAGCAAAUGAUCCAAAUGGUCUACAAAAAGGAAAUUAUCCAAAUGGUUAUACAAAAAGCAAAUGA